AAAGAGUCUUCUUUUUCUUCUUUUUUUUUUUUUGGGGGUUUUUUAAAAGGAAAAGAUUUAUUGGGGUAUAACCAUAAUCAUUGUAUCUAAACGUAUUAAUCGUCAGCGUUUACUCUUGAACAUUCACGCGCAAUAAAUUUGCAUUGAUGGAAAUUUUUUUGGGACAAGAACAGUUAUCCAAUAAAAAAUGAACCAUAAAUACAAACAAUUUCUUUUCGAGUAUCCAAUUCUUAUCUUGGUCUACGUUAACGUAAUCAGUAAAUUAUUCAUUAGUUAAUUCAUUCCCACUCCACCUCUUGCUUGCUAGUUCCAGAUAUUUGUAUCCACCUAAUCCUCUCUAUCUCUGUCACAUCAUCUUCUUCGGUGGCCAUGAUAUCAACUAUUAUGUGCAGAGACACUAUUUGUUGUGGUUUCACUUGGAGAUAACACCUCUUCACAUAUUUAGAUCCCUCUGUUUCUAUCUCGUUUUUAACGUGUGUAACAUUUGAAGUAAACGCUUUGGUGGAGAUAUAACUGGACGGUUUUUAUCCGUGGACUUGAAGUUAUCCAAAAGGCGUAGGUUUUUGAGAGUUGUAGAUUAUAUUGGCAAGAUUAAUGGAUCUAGAAACGCAUGAAAAUAGAUUAGUUGAUGGGGGUCAGAAUCAAGUUAAGCAAGGAAGUGGGGAUUCAAGCAAUUCGGGUAAUGGGAUUGUGUCAGAGAAUCAAGUUGUUUUAAAUUCAGGAGAGACAAUUGCAAGUGGGAAAAGUCAGGGUGUUGAUGCAAAAGCAAAUGGACUGGAGUCAAUUAAAAUAGUAGCAGAUCAGGAGGCAAGCGGUGGGAGAGGAAUUGACAAGCCAUUGGAUGAAGCAAUUGGUGGAAAUUCAAGUAUUUUAGUUAAUGAGGUCACUCCUGAGAGGACGAUGGUGAUAAAUUCAGGAGAGAUCCUGAGCAACAAUGCAGAAAACAAGGAUUUGAGCAUAAAAGUUGAUGAAUUUGGACUGAGUUGUACAGUAAUAGCUCAGGAGGCAUGUAUUAGGCGAGAAAAUGGCGAGACGUUGAGUGAAGUUCGGCAACAAAAUCAUCAGGAUGUGACUGUGCUUGAGACAGUAAUAUUGGUAAAUUCAGAAGAGAAUAUUCCUAUUAGUGGAGGAAAUGGGCAAUUGGAAAUCAAGGGCUCUGAUUUGGGGCAAAGUAAGAUAACUGCAGAUAAGUCAAAGACAAAAGUGUCUAAAGGUGAGAAGCAAUCAUGUGUGAUUGAUAUGAAAUGUGCAGGUGGUGGUGGAGGCAGUGUUUUGGAUUGGGAUAGAGAAACGGUUUGCAGGAUUUGUCACUUGAAUUCUGAGGGAUUGUUGGUAACCGAUGCCCCUGACUCUCGGACAGAUCUAAUUCAGCUAGGUUGUGGGUGUAAAGAUGAGCUCGGCAUUGUACAUGCUUAUUGUGCUGAGGCCUGGUUUAAGCUAAAAGGAAACAGAAUUUGUGAAAUUUGUGGGGAAGCAGCAAAGAAUAUUACAGGUGUUGGGGAUAACAGGUUUGUGGAAGAGUGGAAUCAAAGGAGAUUUAUCGGUACCAAUAGUAGCUCAUCAGACAGGGGUGGAAGUUGUUGGCGCGGACAACCCUUUUGUAACUUUCUGAUGGCAUGCCUGGUUAUAGCUUUUGUACUCCCAUGGUUUUUCCGAGUAAACAUGUUUUAACUCGGAGCAAAUGGAGCUUAAAGGUUAUUCUUCUUGCGUGCACAUCUAGAACUUGCACUGCAUGGGUAUAGCAUUGUUGAUCAAUGAUGGAUUUAGCCUGAUGAAUUGGGUCUUGAUUCAUAUAUUUUAAGGUGUGUUUUUACUGCUUUGACUCGGGUUGUAUAGUUGCUCAAUAGUUACCAUACAAAGCUGGAGGAGACUUCCCUUUUUCUUUCAAUUUUUUAUUUAAUUCACCUUUUCUAUCUAAGUGACUGGAAAUUGUUUUAAAGGCAUACAUGUCAUCACAAAUUGAAUGAUACAUAUAUAAAUACAAUUUAUAUACAA